AUGGGUGCGUGGGCAGCUGAGGGGGCCGAUGGAGAGGCCAGGAAGGCAGGCCAGCGCUGGGGGAGAGCGAUCCGAGGCUCCGUCCCACGCAAGGGCCAGAGGGACGACGGCGCCCGGAGGAGGCGGAGCUUGGAGAUGGAGACGCAGAAAGAAUUAUUUGAAAGUGUGAAGACGAUGGAUUUGACAAAGCUUCAGGAAUUGCACCUGAAGGGGGCGGACCUCUCUGCUUUGGACCAAUCAGGAUGCAGUAUUUUGCACCACGCCGUCGACUCAGGAAGUAAAGAGACGGUUAGCUACAUUGUGAAAAACGCCCCAAACCUUUUGGACGUGGCAGACACACUGUUAGGAGAGACGGCCCUGCACCGCGCUGCCUCCCGGGGCCAGCGCACCAUCUGUGGGUUCCUGGUGGACGCGGGGGCGGAGCUUAUGAAGCCCGACGCUCAGGUAACACACGGACACAUGGUUCUUCCUCUGGUUCAAGAGACGUCUGUGUUGAUGUCAAACUGA